GCGGGGUGCGGGCGCGGGCGGGCCGGCUGGAGGGGCGGGCAGCUGUGUCGUCAGAAGCGGGGCGGCCCUGUGGGCCUGGCCCGUCCCCUCCAGCCCAGCUCGGGCUCCCGCUCCCGCGCCGGCGCUUCAGCUCGGACCGCGCGUCCUCGCCACGCCAGACCAACUAUUUUAGGAGGAGACCCGGGCGCCAGAAGUACUACCUAGUUGCCUUUGUGAAAAUCCUUGAGAAUAGAGCUAAGAUGGCCAAGGAGAGGGGCCUAAUAAGCCCCAGUGAUUUUGCUCAGCUGCAAGAAUACAUGGAAUACUCCACGCAAAAGGUCAGUGAUGUCCUAAAGCUCUUUGAGGAAGGUGGAAAACUGGCGAAUUAUCUCCAAGGAGAUGCUAUUCAGUAUAAGGGAUUCCAGGAAUUCCUGAAAAUCUAUCUGGAGACGGAUAAUGUUCCUCAUUACCUAAGCCUGGCACUGUUUCAGUCCUUCCAGACUUACCAACCCAUAGAAGAAAGUUUGGAGAAAGAUGUGGUAUGCCUCAGUGAUGUCUCCUGCUACUUCUCCCUUCUGGAAGGAGGUCGGCCAGAGGACAAAUUAGAAUUUACCUUCAAGCUGUAUGACACAGACAGGAAUGGGAUCCUGGACAGCUCGGAGGUGGAAAAGAUCAUCGUCCAGAUGAUGCGAGUGGCUGAGUACAUGGACUGGGAUGUGUCUGAACUGAGGCCGAUCCUUCAGGAGAUGAUGAAAGAGAUUGACUACGAUGGCAGUGGUUCUGUCUCCCUGUCUGAGUGGCUCCGGGCUGGUGCCACCACAGUGCCCCUGCUGGUACUGCUGGGUCUGGAGAUGACCCUGAAAGACAAUGGCCAGCACAUGUGGCGAUCCAGAAGGUUCCCCCGACCAGUCUACUGCAACCUAUGCGAGUCGAGCAUCGGUCUCGGCAAACAGGGGCUGAGCUGUAACCUCUGUAAGUACAUCGUCCACGGCCACUGCGCCAUGAAGGCCCGGCCUUGCGAAGUCAGCACCUAUGCCAAGUCUAGGAAGGACAUUGGCGUGCAAUCACAUGUGUGGGUGCGUGGAGGCUGUGAGUCUGGCAAAUGUGACCGCUGCCAGAAGAAGAUCCGGAUAUACCACGGUCUAGCCGGGCUGCAUUGUGUGUGGUGCCACCUAGAGAUUCACGACGACUGCCUGCCAGCCAUGGGCCAAGAGUGUGACUGUGGCCUGCUCCGUGAUCACAUCCUGCCUCCAUCGUCCAUCUACCCCAGCGUUCUGGCCUCUGGAACAGAGCGUAAAAGCACCUCCGCUUUAAAGACAGACCAGAGGACCACGGAAGAUUUAAGUUUGAGCACCUUUGAAGCUCUUCGGAUUAACCCUGUUUCAAACACACACCCACUUCUGGUCUUUGUCAACCCCAAGAGUGGUGGGAAGCAGGGAGAGAGAGUACUGUGGAAAUUCCAGUAUCUACUGAAUCCUCGCCAGGUCUUCAACCUUCUGAAGGAUGGUCCCGAGCCAGGGCUCAGAUUCUUCAAGGAUGUUCCUGAUUGCCGAAUUUUGGUGUGUGGUGGAGACGGCACAGUGGGCUGGAUUCUAGAAACCGUUGACAAAGCCAACUUGUCUGUUUUGCCCCCUGUCGCCGUGCUGCCCCUGGGCACCGGAAAUGAUCUGGCCCGUUGCCUAAGAUGGGGAGGAGGGUACGAGGGACAGGAUUUGGCGAAGAUCCUCAAGGAUAUAGAGAUGAGUAAGGUGGUAUACAUGGAUCGAUGGUCCGUGGAGGUGAUACCCCAACACACAGAAGAGAAGAGCGACCCAGUGCCCUUUCACAUCAUCAAUAACUACUUCUCCAUCGGUGUGGAUGCCUCUAUUGCUCACCGGUUCCAUGCCAUGCGAGAGAAAUAUCCGGAGAAGUUCAACAGCAGAAUGAAGAACAAGCUCUGGUACUUUGAAUUCGCCACAUCUGAAUCUAUCUUCUCAACGUGCAAAGGGCUGGAGGAUGCUCUAACAAUUGAGAUCUGUGGGAAGCCCCUGGACCUGAGCCACCUCUCCCUAGAAGGCAUCGCAGUGCUGAAUAUCCCCAGUACACACGGCGGCUCCAACCUCUGGGGCGAUACCAAGAAACCUCAAGGAGACUCCACUCAUGGGAUCAACCAGGCCUUGGGCGCUACAGCAAAAGUCAUCACUGACCCUGAUAUCCUGAAAACCUGCGUCCCAGACCUAAGUGACAAGCGGCUGGAAGUAGUAGGUCUGGAAGGUGCCAUCGAUAUCGGCCAGAUCUAUACCAAGCUCAAGAGUGCUGGACAUCGUCUGGCCAAGUGCUCUGAGAUCACUUUCCACACCAGGAAAACCCUCCCCAUGCAGAUUGAUGGAGAGCCCUGGAUGCAAACGCCUUGUACGAUCAAGAUCACCCACAAGAACCAGAUGCCUAUGCUCAUGGGCCCACCCCCACGCACCUCCAGUUUCUUUGGCUUCUUGUGCUGAGGGGGACUCCCACAGCCUCCAAAGCAGUCUUGAACACACCUCGAUGUCCUUGGACUCGAGUCCUGAGGCUCCGCACCUUGCUACAUACCCUCCCGCCAACC